AUAAAUAAAUUAUUAAAAGAAAUGGGUAACGCGGAUACGAAAUUAAAUUUUAGGAAAGCUGUCGUUCAGCUUACAUCAAAAUCUCAGCCUAUUGACGCUUCUGAUGAAAGCUUUUGGGAUCAGUUCUGGUCAGAGAGUGUUACAAACGUGCAGGAUGUUUUCGCUUUGGUCCCUGGGGCUGAGAUACGAGCCCUGCGCGAGGAGUCACCAAACAACUUAGCCACCCUUGUGUACAAGGCUGUAGAGAAGUUGGUGAAAAUAGUUGAUAGUAGCUGUAGAACUCAACGGGAACAGCAACAAGCUUUGAACUGUGCAAGGCUACUGACUCGCAUUCUACCUUACAUGCUGGAGGAGCCGGAGUGGCACAGCUUUUUCUGGUCAUCAUUGCCGGCUGCAUCUGAGAAUGAAUCCGUGCCGUUAGCACAGUCACUUAUCAAUGCCAUUUGUGAUCUUCUGUUUUGUCCAGAUUUCACAGUUGUGAGCACCAAAAGAUCAGGACCAGAGCGUGCAGAAGAACUAUCGUCACUCGACAGUUGCGAGUACAUCUGGGCGGGGGGCGUGGGCUUCGCUCGAAGCCCGGCUCGAAGUGCCCAACAUGAGGCCGCGCGAGCAGAACUGCUUCGAUUACUGUUAACAUGUUGUAGUGAAACUAUAUACAAGCCCGCCUCACUUGCCGCUACCCAUCAUAAUAAAUGGAUUGCAUAUCUAACGAGUUCGGAGAAUCGUCACGCGCUGCCUCUGUUCACGUCUUUGCUGAACACGGUGUGCUCAUACGAUCCGGUGGGGCUUGGGUUACCUUACAACCAUCUUCUCUUUGCUGAUACCCUGGAACCGCUUGUUGAGGUGGCGCUACAAGUUCUGAUAGUAACAUUGGACCACGACACAAGUAAUGCUGUUAACGAGGAUUCCGAUGAGCGCCUGCCCGACAACCUGUUCAUCAACUACCUGUCCCGCAUCCACCGCGACGAGGACUUCCAGUUCCUGCUGCGAGGCGCCACGCGUCUGCUCAACAACCCGCUGCAGCAGACCUACCUGCCCAACUCCGCCAAGCGGGUGGCGCUGCACCAGGAGCUGCUCGUGCUCUUCUGGAAGAUGUGCGACUACAACAAGAAAUUCAUGUACUAUGUAUUGAAAAGCAGCGACGUUCUCGAAGUCCUCGUGCCGAUAUUGUAUCACCUGAACGACUCGCGCGCAGACCAAUCUCGCGUGGGCCUGAUGCACAUCGGCGUGUUCAUCCUGCUGCUGCUGUCGGGCGAGCGCAACUUCGGCGUGCGCCUCAACAAGCCGUACGCGGCCGCCGUGCCCAUGGACAUCCCCGUGUUCACGGGCACGCACGCCGACCUGCUGGUCGUGGUGUUCCACAAGAUCGUCACCACGGGCCACCAGCGCCUGCAGCCGCUCUUCGACUGCCUGCUCACCAUACUCGUCAACGUAUCACCAUACCUAAAGACACUGUCAAUGGUCUCAUCCACCAAGCUGUUACAUUUGCUCGAAGCGUUCAGCACGCCCUGGUUCUUGUUCUCGAGGCCACACCAUCACCACCUGGUCUUCUUCUUGCUCGAAAUGUUCAACAACAUGAUACAGUACCAGUUCGAUGGUAACUCCAACCUGGUGUACACGAUAAUUCGCAAGCGAGGCGUGUUCCACGCGCUCGCCAACUUGCCGCAGGAGCACGCCGCCAUCGCGCGCUCGCUGGCCGCCGCGCGAGCGCAGCCCGCCGCCGGGAAGGCGCUGCCGAGGUCCCGUAGCGCGGAGUCAGUGUCGGAGGCGGCGAUGGAGGGGUCGAGGCCGGCGCAACCUGCGGAACCCGGCACGUUAAACGCCACACUACCGGACACGCCAGCGAUCGCGACGAUGACGGAGCGCGAGCCCGCGCACCCGGCCGCGCGCGAGCUGCUGCCGGCGCGCCGCGCGGGCGACGGCGAGGACCGCAGCCCCGAGCGCGAGCUCGUCUCGCAGGGCGCCGGAGACUGGCGACCCAGUGGAGAGUGGGUGGCGAGUUGGCGAGCUCGUCUACCGCUGCAGACCAUCAUGAGGCUACUGCAGGUGCUCGUGCCGCAGGUCGAGAAGAUCUGCAUUGACAAGGGCCUGACGGACGAGUCGGAGAUCCUGCGCUUCCUGCAGCACGGCACGCUGGUGGGGCUGCUGCCGGUGCCGCACCCGAUCCUCAUCCGCAAGUACCAGGCCAACGCCGGCACCGCGGCCUGGUUCCGCACCUACAUGUGGGGCGUCAUCUACAUACGUAACGUGGACCCACCGAUCUGGUACGACACGGACGUGAAGCUGUUCGAGAUCCAACGGGUAUGAUCGUGAGCGAUAAUACUUAUACACCUUGCUUAGUAUCGAAUAGAACAAUUGCGUAUUUUGUAACAUCACACGGGUCACACCUUGAACUUUGUACAGAAUAAAAGCAUUCAAUGAUACAAAAUCUACUGUAUACCAUUAUUAAGCCAUAACAAAAAAAAAACAGUCAAAAGUUGUAGUUUAGGCACAAUAUAGGCUUGAAACUAACCUUAUUGAUGGACUACUUUUAUUUCCCUGAUUUAUAGUAUAGAGCUUAAAAAUGUUAUUGUAUGUGGUUUAUUUGUAUUGUUUUCAUCCCUUACAUCCCUCUGUUAUGUUUACUGCUAAUCAACUCUCCAAAUUAUUUAAAAAAAAAACUGUGUACUGCUGAUCGCUGGCUAACUGUCAAAUAACUAGUAUGGAAACUAGCGGGAGUAUUAUUUUGUGGUUACAAUUUGACAGCGAUUGAUUGCUGAAUGUUAACAAUAGCUCGGCUAUUACAAAACCCGUAAUAGCCUAUUUAUAAUAAAUUUAUACAAUAUGCUGUUUAGAGGGACAUGGUCAAUUAUUGUCAAUUAUUUGGUUUUUUUAAAUCAGAUUAUAUACAGAUAUGUUUAUACUUAAAAAAGAGGCUACUACAAAUGUCUAUGGAAUAUCUUUUUGUAGGUCUUUGCUAUGUAAAUUUAAUUUUUAUGUUUAAGGUGUGACCCGAAUUAUUUAUAAUGAAUACACGACAGCUAUUGUAAAAA